AUAGAUAUAUAAUACAAAUAAAAUAUAUAAGUUGAGCUGUCGCGUGCAUUUUAUUCUUGCAUUUUUCGUAAUUAUUUGUGAGAAUAUAAAACUACGUUAAUAUAGAGUUGAUUAUAAAUUAAACUUAAAAAUAAAUUUAAGUACAUCGAAAUAUCAUUUUUUCACUGACUGUUAUUCUUAAAAUUAUAUUUAAUAACCAAAAUUAAAAAAUGGCUACGACAGAUGCACUUGCCAGAGAGACGGACGUUGUUCAAAUAUUAAGGCAAUGGGAGGAAGAUCACCAAUCGUCGUCAUACGAUCCAAUCCCAACACUUAAAAGGUUAGCCGAAAUAAUCGAGUCGGAGACUGAAAACUACCUCAAAAUGGAUCCAGACCCCUUCGACGAGCGUCAUCCGUCCCGCACUGACCCGGAGUGCAAUUUUGGGCACAUCCUCAAGGUUUUAUUUCGUAAAGAUAAUUUUAUGACUAGGCUUAUAAACGACUAUUUAAGAGACUCCUAUUACACAAGAGCAGGAAUAUCCGGCCGAGACGUGCGUCAAUUAAACAUAGCAGCGUGCAGACUGAUGCUGGACAUCCUCCCGGGUUUAGAAACCUCAGCAGUCUUCCAGCCGGACAACGACGGUCUGAUCCACCGAUUAUUCUCCUGGGCCGAAAAGAGCCCCGAACCUCUCCGUAGCUACGCCACAGGCUUACUCGCAGCAGCCAUGGAGGUCCAAGACAUAGCAACGGGAUUCCGAGAGCAGAACGCAAAAAUGGUCCCCUUAAUGUUGCAACGCCUCCACAAACUCCAAGAAGACCACCCGACUGUCAACAACCGUCCUUUCGCGAGUUUCGGCCACAACCGCCACAGCUUCGGUGACUCCGAGAACAAAUGCGUGCCAGGAAAGCGAAAAAUCCGCGAUAAGCUCGAGAACGGCGUAAAAAACUCCAACAAUUUGAGUUUCCUCAACGAAGAAGGCCCCAACAGUCCCGACAAUGAAGUCCAGCCUACUAAAAAACGCCGAAGCAGUCCCGACGACGAGGAACCUCAAAACACAACUCCCAUGAAGUCCAGCGACUACCAACAAAUAAUGUCGCCUCCUCAAUCAGUCCCCAACACUCCAAACUCCUUAAAGGACCAAGGAACGCCUUCUAACACUCCAAACCGCGGAACUCCACCACGAAGUUUAAACAUCGCCCGUUCAAGUGCCACUCGGAACCUCACUCACAGCGUGAGCACUCCCUCAAUGCUUCUCGAGGGAAACUCAAAUUCUUCCUGGGCAGAAAUGGAGUCUUACGUAAUAGGAAACAUCCAAAUGUACCCACCAACAUUAGCGACCCAGCAAAUGCUGAUCUUCCGUUACCUAACACCAAUGGGAGAAUACCAAGAAUUUCUCCAACACGUCUUUGAAAAAAACGCUCUGGACUUAAUUUUAAAAUACAUAAACGUCCGCGAGACCAAAGACAGCCGGCUUGCGUUCGAAGCUUUAAAAUACCUUGCCUCUCUCCUCUGCCACAAAAAAUUCUCAAUAGAAUUUUUAAACGCCAAUGGCCUCGACAAACUCCUGGACGUCCCUCGACCCAGCGUAGCAGCAACAGGUGUCUCAAUCUGCCUCUACUAUCUAGCUUACUGCGAAGACGCUUUAGAGCGUGUGUGCCAAAAGCCAAAAGCAAUAAUCUCAAACCUAGUAACUUACGCCCUCUGGCUCCUAGAGAGAAGCCACGACUCCGGAAGGUGCCACGCUACCAUGUUCUUCGGGUGUUCCUUCCCCUUUAAAAUCAUCCUUGAAGAGUUCGACGCGCAAGACGGCCUUCGCAAGCUCUUCAACGUAAUAUCAACUCUCCCAAUCCUAAACGUUGAAGAUGAAUCAAUUUUAAACGACGAUGAAGAGUGCGCUUCUCGUCAAAUUGUCCGACAUGUCGCCGUAGCUUUAAAGAAGUACAUCGAAGCGCACUUGUACCUCAAAGCCGAGCAGCUCCAGCAGCAACAGAGGGUCGAGAAUGAAUUAGGACAGCAAGUGGUUCCUCAGUCUUUAUCUAGCAAGCCUUGUAAAUUUAAAAACGAAGAGGAAGCUCAAGAAAAGGUCGAACUUCUUCUAAAAUUGAUGAACGUCCGCACGCAUUGGCCUCCUGUGGAAAAAUUGUAUGAGCUAGGUUCUAUCACUUUGUUACUACAGAUAAUAGCGCUUGCUAGAGAGUGGAACUUUAGCAACCGAGCUUACAAUUCAUCCUGCUCUGAGACAGUCCGCUCUUGUUUAGACGUAAUCGCAGUCUGUACAGUCGUUCCAAAAGUAAUGCUUCUACUCUGCGACCGCGUGGACAUGCCAGACUCAUCAAUGACCAUGGCGAUUAAUUUACUCCUAGCCGCUGCUGAGGGAGAGAUAACUCCCGACGCUGAUGUCCAGCGCGCUGCCUUGCGAGCUAUUGUAAACUGCGUUUGCGCUCCAAUUCAACGAGUCUCAGGAACAGUGGUCCGAUUUUCCUCCACGGGGUCUAAUAAGAAAAAAACAAACACUUACAAUUCUGAAGAAUUAAUCCAGAAAGUCUGGUCUAGUGUGAGGUCUAACAACGGAAUCAUGGUGCUGUUACAAUUGAUGAUGGUCAAGACUCCCAUCACCGACGCUGACAGCAUCCGCGCUCUGGCUUGUCGUGCUCUAGCUGGUCUUGCACGCAGUGAAAAAGUCAGACAGAUUAUCGGGAAGCUUUCGAUGUUCACCGGAGGCCAGCUUCAGUCUCUAAUGACCAACCCGAUCCACAACGAGAAGCGUCAGGAGCACGUGAUGUUCCAGAAGUACGCUUUGGAAUUAAUCGAGAGAGUCUCUGGAAAAGCUAAGCCUACCAAUGCCGAGUACGAGUUGUCCUUAGCGAGUCUCCAUCGGGCUAAUGUCAUCGCUCAGACUAAAAUUCAGUACGACAAGCAGCAACUUAACCAAUUAAUCUACCAGCAUUUUGUGUCUGAGGGAUUGUACCACGUAGCUGCGGAGCUCCAGCGGUCAGUUGGACUGGACACAGCGGUAAUGAAGCCUAUGAUUUCGUACCAGCCGUUUACUUACAGCACCCCUGCUCCGACAGUAGCUGCCCGUCCAGGAUACUCUCCGGGGUAUAUUUAUAACACAAAUCCUCGGAACCAACGGGACGGCUUUAAUCGGUCUACUGCUCAAACUCCGCCGUCGACUCGGUAUAUCUCCCACACUUCUAGUACACCAAUAACUCCUGGAGUUAGGAUUAAAUUAGCGGACAGUCUGAACCAGUCUAAUUCCAACAACCAGCCGAUAAAGCUCCAGAUAAACCAGAAGAAGCACCAGCAAGACAAGGUUAAUUCAAUGAACCAAUCUUUGUCCACUCCCUUCAACAGAUCUUUACAAAAGCAAAUUUCUCGCGACCCUGGAGCGGUUGCAGGAGCUGAGCUACCUCUUGCGUCUCAUACAACUCCUUUAAUUACUCUAGACUCAAUUGUUACGGAGUACCUGACUAACCAACACGCGCUCUGUAAAAAUCCAAUGGUGACUUGUCCUAAGUUCAAUCUCUUCGAGCCGCACAAGUGUCCUGACCCGCGACCUAAGAGCUCCGCGGCGGCUAAUAUUACUGUGAGGUCCACCAGGAGGCAAGUUGGGAUCAAUGACAAGCGGCUUGAUAGAAGAUAUAUUUACAGUCGAUUUUGUCCGAUAAAAACUUUCAGACCCACUGAUGUUGAGGGCGCUUUUAUGUGCUGUACCUUUUCUGCGGACCAGCAGUCGCUGAUGGUCGGGACUUAUUCCGGAGAUGUUAAGAUGUUUAAUAUUCACACGGGGAUUGAAGAAGCUUCUUAUCAGUGCCACGAGUCGUAUCUCAGCCACAUGGAGUGCAAUAAAAGGGGAGAUUUGCUGUUGACUUCAACUGCUUGGAGACGACCCUUGUCUGGGCUCUGGAGCAUCGGGACUUUCUUUGAUCUCAAGCUUACUAUGGAAGCUGAGGAUUAUGUGGAGUUUAGCAAGCAUCAGGAUAAAAUUAUUGGGACUCAGGGCGAUACUGCGACGAUUUAUGAUAUCGCGACCGGGAAAUUGGUCAGUACUUUGACCCCGUCGAUUGCGUCUAAUGGGUACUUUAGGAACCGCGCGACUUUUAGUGUUAAUGAUGAGCUUGUUUUGAGUGAUGGAAUACUCUGGGAUGUUAAUUCAGGAAAAGAAAUUCAUAAGUUUGAUAAAUUAAACGCUUCUAUAAAUGGAUUUUUUCAUCCUAGUGGGACGGAAAUUAUUUCUCACACUGAAGUCUGGGAUUUAAGGACAUUCCAUUUGCUCAAUACUGUCCCGGCGUUGGAAAAUCAUGAAGUUGUUUUCUCCCCGGUUAAUCAUAUACUUUAUGGAGUGUUUGUGGAGCAGGAUAAUGAUAAUGAGCCGACUUGCUCGACGGCUUUUCAAACUCUUGAUGCGUUAGAUUACUCGUCUAUUGCGACCUGUGAUGUUAAAAAGGGAAUUUAUAGCUUGGCGUGCAAUAAAUAUGACACGCAGAUUGCUAUUGUGGAGAAUGUUGGCGAGGAGUAUAUUAAUGUACAGGAAUCGUCGGUUAGGUUGUAUGAUGUUGGGAGGAGGAGGGAUGAUGAAGAUGAAGCUGAUGAGGAUGAUGAUGAAGAUGAUCUUGAUGCUAGUGAUGAUGAUGAUGGCUCUAAUUCGGAUUCUGAUGAUGAUGAUGACAAUAAUGGCGAUGAUCUCGAUAAUGCAGACCAAGCUGUCGACGCGGAUCAGAAUUUGAACGAAGGUGAGGACAACGACGACGAUGAUGAUGAUGAUGAUGAUGAUGACGAUGAGAAUGAUGAUGAUGAUGACGACGACGAUGAUGAUACUCUCGACGGCGAUGAUUCAGCUAAUGAUAGUGACGAGUUCAACCCAGAAUCACCCGAUUACAAUCUAUCAUACUUGGAUGAUUUUGAAGGUCUGUUUCAUGUGUAAUUUGGCUGUGAUCUUGCCGUGAUUUACAAGCUCCGUCUCUUCAGUUAUACUAAUUAAUUUUUUAAAUAUUUAAAUUCAAGUUCUACGUGCGUUGAGCGCAGAUUAUUUUUGUUUUUUUUACGAUAAAAUUUUUUUUUCCCAUGUGAAAAUGUAUAAAUGAAAAACUUUUUGCAUUGUAUUUAUGCUUAUAAGAAAUACAGAUUAAAAACUAGGGAUAACAUAAACUUUUAAA